AUGGCGGCCGACAACUCCACCAGCGACCCCCACGCUCCUGGCCAGCAGCUUAGCGUGACGGACAUCGUGGUCAUCACCAUAUAUUUUGCCCUGAACGUGGCCGUGGGCAUCUGGUCCUCUUGCCGGGCCAGCAGGAACACGGUGAGCGGCUACUUCCUGGCAGGCCGGGACAUGACGUGGUGGCCGAUCGGAGCCUCCCUCUUUGCCAGCAGUGAGGGUUCUGGCCUCUUCAUCGGACUGGCAGGCUCAGGCGCUGCUGGAGGCCUGGCUGUGGCUGGCUUUGAAUGGCACGCCACAUACGUGCUGCUGGCGCUGGCCUGGGUGUUCGUGCCCAUCUACAUCUCCUCAGAGAUCGUCACCUUGCCUGAGUACAUCCAGAAGCGCUUCGGAGGCCAGCGCAUCCGCAUGUACCUGUCGGUCCUGUCUCUGCUGCUGUCCAUCUUCACCAAGAUAUCGCUGGACCUGUACGCGGGGGCUCUCUUUGUGCACAUCUGCCUGGGCUGGAAUUUCUACCUGUCCACCAUCCUCACGCUCACCAUCACAGCCCUGUACACCAUCACCGGGGGCCUGGUGGCUGUGAUCUACACGGAUGCCCUACAGACGCUCAUCAUGGUGGUGGGGGCUGUCAUCCUGGCCAUCAAAGCCUUCCACCAGAUCGGCGGUUACGGGCAGCUGGAGGCAGCCUACGCCCGGGCCAUCCCGUCCAGAACCGUUGCCAAUACCACCUGCCACCUGCCUCGUGCCGACGCCAUGCACAUGUUCCGGGACCCCUACACCGGGGACCUCCCGUGGACCGGGAUGACCUUCGGCCUGACCAUCAUGGCCACCUGGUACUGGUGCACUGACCAGGUCAUCGUGCAGCGGUCCCUGUCCGCCCGGAACCUGAACCACGCCAAGGCGGGCUCCAUCCUCGCCAGCUACCUCAAGAUGCUGCCCAUGGGUCUUAUGAUUAUGCCGGGCAUGAUCAGCCGUGCGCUCUUCCCAGAUGACGUGGGCUGCGUGGUGCCGUCCGAGUGCCUGCGGGCCUGCGGGGUGGAGAUCGGCUGCUCCAACAUCGCCUACCCCAAGCUGGUGAUGGAGCUGAUGCCCGUAGGUCUGCGUGGACUCAUGAUCGCUGUGAUGAUGGCCGCGCUCAUGUCCUCGCUGACGUCCAUCUUCAACAGCAGCAGCACGCUCUUCACCAUGGACAUCUGGCGGCGGCUGCGGCCCCGCGCCAGCGAGCGCGAGCUGCUCCUGGUGGGACGGCUGGUCAUCGUGGUGCUCAUCGGCGUGAGCGUGGCCUGGAUCCCCGUCCUGCAGGGCUCCAAUGGCGGGCAGCUCUUUAUCUACAUGCAGUCGGUAACCAGCUCCCUGGCGCCCCCAGUGACUGCGGUGUUCACGCUGGGCAUCUUCUGGCAGCGUGCCAAUGAGCAGGGGGCUUUCUGGGGCCUGCUUGUGGGGCUGGCGGUGGGUGCCACGCGGUUGGUCCUGGAGUUCCUGCACCCGGCCCCACCCUGCGGGGCUGCAGACACGCGGCCGGCCGUGCUGAGCCAGCUGCACUACUUGCACUUCGCUGUGGCCCUCUUUGUGCUCACCGGUGCUGUCGCCGUGGUCGGGAGCCUGCUGACCCCACCCCCUCGGCGCCAUCAGGUCGAGAACCUCACCUGGUGGACCCUGACUCGGGACCUGUCCUUGGGAGCCAAAGCAGGUGACGGCCAAACGCCACAGAGAUACACUUUCUGGGCUCGCGUCUGCGGCUUCAAUGCCAUCCUGCUUAUGUGUGUCAACAUCUUCUUCUACGCCUACUUUGCCUGA